GCUCACACCAAUCAUUUCCCUCCCACCGCAGCCACCUCCACCACCACCAGACGCCCCGCCCUCCCCCACCACCUCCAUCUCCAUCCACAUCCCCUUUUCCACCAACCAACAGCACUCGAUAGCAUAGCACAGCCCAACAUGUCAGCCGACAAUCCAGUAGACCUUCCCGCGGCGCCCGUCGCCAGCCCACCCGCCGGAACCUCCGCGACCCCACUCCCACCACCGCCGAAGGCGUCUACGCCACUCGCGGCGCCCACCCAGCCCACGCGGCCGCUGUCGCCGAACUCGCAGAACCAAGCGACGCUGAUCGAAGCAUUCCCGAACAUCGAUGCGGCGGUAGUGCGGGCGGUGCUCGUUGCGUCGCGCGGCGACCUCGAGCCCGCCUUCAACGCGCUGCUGAGCAUGAGCGACCCGUCUGCGGUGGUCGAGGAGGCACCGCCGCCGCAGCCCCCGCGCCCACGCGCCCAGCAGCACACGUCCACUUCCACGCCACAGAACCAGCUCGACGCUGAUGCGCUGUAUGCCCGCCAGCUGCAGGAGCACUUUGGUGCGCCCGCGCCGAGGCAGCAUCUUAACGCGGGAAUGGGCGGCGUGCGUAGGGCGAAUACCGGAGGGAAGCAGCCGCUGAGGAGACAUCCGAACGAUGAGAGCGAUGAUGAGUACUACACCAACGACGACCGGGACCGUCCCAGCUUCUUUGAGGAGGAUCUGCCCGUCAUCAAGGAGAACAUCAAGAAGGGAUUCCUCGAGACCCAGGCGAAGGUCACCGGGUGGUUUGAUGAGUUCAGGAAGAAGAUCGAUGGCGAGGAUCAGCCCGAGGGAUCCAUGGGCAGGGCACACGGCGAGCAGAGUCCUCCGCAGCGCACCAGUGGCCAGUAUGCGCGGACGGGAAAUAGACGCCAGUAUGGUGCCGGUGGCUCGUAUGACGCCCCGAGACGCUCACGGGACGGAUACGAUGCGGAUCCCAAAGUGCUGUCGGAUGACUUCACGCACUUGAGCCUGAAAGACAACACCGAAUCCGCCCCCCGCCGCCCCAAAGCCAACCCCAACCUAUUCCAGCCCUCGGCGACCACCGGCCGCCGCGUGUCGUUCGAGGACCGUCCGACCAUGAUCGACAGCACCAACGACGACGACCUCUACCGGCCAGCUAGCGCGACAGGCAACCGGUCUUCUCCCGCGGGAAACAGCAAAUGGGAGCCGCUCAAGAGCGUCGACGCAGAGCCACUGCACAAAGACCCCUUCAGUCUCGAGGACAGCGAUGAUGAGAAAGACGGCCUCAUCAAGGAGAGCGAGGAGAAGAAUGUCAAGAAGCCGAUCAGUGUUACUGGGCCGCAGGAGACGGGGGUUACUAAGAAUCCGUAGCUGGGAGGACGCGGUUGGUUAGUGGGAAGUGAAUCGAGUCUCGUGCUCACCUUACCUUACGCUUACUUCUUACCGUUGAGUGCUUGUUCCUUCUUCUUCUUCUUUCCGCCUGCAAAGUAGUGAGUUUUACUAUAUCGUAUUUGUCAAGCCUGCCGUUUACCUGCCGUUUACCUGCCGUUUACCUGCCGUUUACCUGCCGUUUACCUGCCAUUU